GUGUGCAGUGCAAUAAAUACAACAGUGGACAACAUUAAGUUUCCAGUUACUGCCAAUGAAUUACGCCAUGUAAAAUCUGAGUUCUAUGACAUUGCCAAAUUUCCCAAUUGCGUUGGUGCAAUCGAUGGUACUCUAAUACCAAUUAAGGGCAUGAGUGGACCACAGGAGCCUGCUUUUGUAUGCAGAAAAAACUUUCAUGCCUUAAAUAUUCAGGCCGUAACAGAUUCCAAUAUGAGAUUUCUUCAAAUCAAUACCUGUUUUCCCGGGGCAACUCACGACUCUUUCGUUUUGAGCAACUCGGGAUUGUCAGGUGUUAUGGAACAUCUCGAAGGGGGUGGGUGGUUACUUGGGGAUUCUGGCUACCCUCUCAAGGAAUGGCUCUUAACGCCAUUCUUAUCCCCAGCAAAUCAACACGAAGUGAAUUACAACGAUGCCCAUGGAAAGACUCGUGUUGUCAUAGAAAAAUCGUUUGGGGUAUUAAAAUCCAGAUUUAGGUGUUUACAUCGAACUGGAGGAGUACUCCCCUUUUCACCAAGUAGAUGUUCUCAAAUUAUUCAAUGCUGUAUCCGGCUUCAUAAUUUAGCGGUUUCAGAGAAAGUCCCCUUACUUGAGGGUGGGGUUGUACAGAACAUCAAUGACAAUGCCGUGUUUAACGCAAACGCACCAAGGAGAGCACAGGAUGUGCGCAUUCAAGUUGCAAAUUUAUUUUAA